AUGCACAUUGCCACUCAAAUUAUCACCCAACACGCCGGCCUCGUUGUACACAAAGACGACUCGGAUCAAUAUCAACAGCCGCUUCUCACCAGUCCCGCUUUCUCACACUGUAUCAUCGUCACCUACUGCAUAUCCCUCCAUCCAUCUCAUCUCUGCAGAAUCAAGUCGUUCUCGCUCAUCUUCCGCUCACCACCGCCCAAACUCCAAAGGAUUCUUCCCAGAGUGCCUCUUCCUCUAAACAAAAAUUCGCCUCCAGUCUUGUCGAUUAAGCUGUCAGCACCUUAUCUGAGAUCUGGCGCCCUCAAGACAUUCCCUCCCUAUUUCUACCCACUGAAGUCCUUUGAGGAUUGA